AUGGCCGCACCAACGCAGCGGCUGCUCUGGCGGCAACUGACGAGGGCUACUUCUCGGUCUGCUUCUCGGUCUGCUUCCUCGCCGUGCCUCAGGUUGACCUCCACAUCACCAGCAUCGGCAUUUGCUCGAACUUCUAAGGCCUCUUCCCCGCCCCCGGAGGGAAGCAACGUCAAGUUUUGGCCUUUUGUGGUCAUCAUUGUACUGGGAUCGCUGGGCUAUACAUUUUUGGUUACACGAAGAGCUGAAAUGCCCGCCAUCGACGCCCCCAAGAAGGCCGACGCGCUCGGCGCACCGCCCAAGUCGACCCCUACCUUCUCCGCCGACGACGUGACGGUAGUCUUCGUGUUGGGCGGGCCGGGUGCCGGCAAAGGCACGCAAUGCGCAAACCUCGUAGCCGACUACGGGUUCCACCACCUCUCCGCGGGUGACCUGUUGCGUGCAGAGCAAGACCGCCCGGGCUCGCAAUUCGGCGAUCUGAUCAAGGACUACAUCAAGAACGGUUUGAUCGUACCGAUGGAAGUCACCGUGCAACUGCUCGAGAACGCCAUGGUAGCCGCCAUUGACUCGUCGGGCAAGGGCGAGAUCGCGGGCAAAAAGGGCAAGUUCCUCAUUGAUGGGUUCCCGCGCAAGAUGGACCAGGCGCACAAGUUCGAGGAGUCGGUGUGUCCGGCCAAGUUUGUGCUGUUUUACGACUGUCCCGAGGCGGAGAUGGAGCGGCGCCUGCUGAACCGGGGCAAGACUUCGGGGCGCACUGAUGACAAUGCCGAGAGUAUUCGCAAGCGGUUCCGCACGUUUAUCGAGACGAGCAUGCCGGUUGUGGACUACUACGAGAAGCUGGGUCGCGUUAUCAAGGUGGAUGCCACGCCUAAGCCUGAAGAUGUGUACAAGGAUACGCAGAAGCAGAUUGCGGGCAAGGGUAUCUAG